AUGAGCAAUGAUGGCCUGGGAUCCUGGCCCACUUCGAAUGCCUCUUGGGAAGAUAUUGGAGCCGAAAAUGGAACUGACCUCCUAACCCCCCAGGAUGGUUUUGAUCACGAGUCAUCGCUAUAUUUUAUAGCAGAAAUUGUACUCUAUGUCUUCAUUUUCAUUAUUAGCAUUUUUGGACUUGUGGGGAAUGGAACUGUCAUCUGGUUCCUUGGCUUUUCAAUGAAGAGGAAUCCUUUCACCACUUUCAUACUACAUCUGGCUGUUGCUGACCUUGGGGCUCUCAUGUGUUCAUCUUCUUUUUCGAUUAUCAGUAUUUUGGGAUUAUUUUCACUCUUACCUUUGUAUAUGUAUGUGUUCACAGUAUUCGAGUUUUUCAUUUUGUUCAUGUACAACACUGGUCAAUAUCUGUUGACAGCCAUUAGCAUGGACAGGUGUGUUUCUGUCCUCUUCCCCCUUUGGCAUAGAUGCCACCGACCACCACACUUUUCCACCCUUGUGUGUGCCACAAUAUGGAUCAUUUCUUUCCUGCUCACUGCAAUCUGCAUGAUUCUUUCUAAUUUUCUGCAUUACAUGUAUGCCAUUUUCUAUCACCUUCUAAUGAAUGCUGUACUUUGCCUCCCACUCAUGACUGUUUCCACUCUUGUCCUGUUUAUAAAAGUUUGGUUUCAGUCACAACAGAGGAAGAAGGGAAAAGCUUUAACAGCCAUUCUACUUGCCCUCCUCUUCUUCCUCUUCUUAGCUUUCCCAUUUACUUGCAUUUCAUUAAUCCGUUUUUUCACUCCACUUUUAGACAAUAAAGUGCAUUUUGUUGCAAUACCUGUUGGGCUCUUAUGCAGCUGCCUGAAUAGCAGUAUUAAUCCACUGAUUUAUUUCCUGAUUGGGAGAAACAAGAGGGCUCGAUCUAGGGAGAGCUUGAAGGUCGUACUCCAGAGACUUUUCAAAGAGGAGGAAGAUUGCAGAGAGAAGCGAGAAGUUCCAGUUUAAACCCAGAUGUGAAGACUUCAAAAUAGCUCAAAAAGCUUCAUUUUCUAUCUCUUGGUGUAUUUCUUGGUACUUGUUUUCCUCUGUACUCACUAUUUUAUUAUUUUGGAUUCAUUUACUCUGUUAAUUUCUGUUCUUGUUUUAGCAGUAUCGUUAAAAGCUCCUUGGAUUCCCUAUUUUUCAGGAUAAAUGUUUUAUACGUUUUAGAAAAU